ACCUGCUGCUAUUUUCCAUUGCUGCAGUGAUGCACUUCGCCACAGAUGUCAGCAAGGCGUUUGAAAGCAUUCUGAAGGCCGUCCAUGAUGGUCAGGAGGUGUUGCUUUCUUCAUACGAGCAGGACACAGAGAAGCUUGCCCUUUAUGAGUCCCAGCUGAACCAGCAAAAGGCUCUUUAUGAUCAGCUUUCUGCAGAGGCAUCUCAGCAGACAAAGGACUACGAGGAGCAGGCACAAAAGCUGCAGCAGAUGACAGAGGAGAAUCAGAACCUCAAUGAAACAGUGAGACGUUUGAAUGAAGAAGUGCAAGGCCUCAGGACCCAGAUUGCGCAGCUUCAACUGCUGACCACAGAACUCCAAGAUCAGGCGUCUCAAAAGCAGGAAAAGGUGCCUUCCCUCGCCCUGGCUGAUGCUCCGCCAAUUGAACCAGUGGAGGUUCCACAGGCCUCCGAGAGUUCCAGCCCCACUUCAGUGACAGACUUGCCACAAGAGGAGGCCAGCGAUCCGGAGAUCACCCAUGGGCAGGAGGAUCCUCCAGUGGAUGUCCUCUCCAGUGGCCCUUACACUGCGCACACUGCGCCCAGCGGCGCCCGGGGCGCUCCGGGCACUGCGGGCUCCACCACUGCAGACACUGCAGAUGAGGUCCCAGCCGUUCCGAGCGCGGCGCCGGCUCUGGCGAGGAGGUCCCGCAGCCGCAGCCGGCCGCUGAUGCGCGGAGAGCGACUGCGGAGCAUGUCUCCAGGGGAGCGUCCUGAGCGGACCCGCGAGGUCAAACGAACUGAUUCUCGGCGCCCAUUGGAACGCCAUACACCGGAGGAACGCCGGCGAGUAAGACACGUGAGGUCAGAGGGUCGCGAUGCGCAGAGGCGACGCGACCGUCGGGAAGCGCCUCAUUCGCGUGCACGGCUGCCCCCGCCUCCUCCAGUGCCUUCCAUGACGUAUGGUCGAGUCGAUCGAGGACACGAAUACCCACAUCGAAUCAAUCGCGAAAAGGUAUGCAUUGAUUGGUGUAUGAAGAGUUGUGCGAUGGGUCGCGACUGUCCUCUGCGACAUCCUCCGCCAGAAGACGUGGGAGGAAUCCUUGAAUCAUUUCGGCGGAAAAGCUGCCACCAUGGAAAGGAGUGCAAACGCUCAAAUUGCCCAUACCGGCACCCAGGCGACUCUCGCCGAACGCCAAAAGACAGAAGGUCAUAGACUCGUGGCAGUGAGG